AUGGGCGCCAACGCUUCCAUCUGCGCCAGGUCGAAAGAGGAUGCUUCUUCGAGCCCGUCGACGUCCGUCUGCCUGCCCGUACAGCCGGAGAAGCUUCUCUCUGGCCGGUAUCAUGGAGUCCCUUGGUCGUCUUCCUCUCGCUCUGGGUGCGGGUGGAGGGAUUCCACGUCGCCACCUCGACCUGUCGGGCCAAGGGGUUACGCAAGUUCUCUUCCCUUCUUCUGGAUAGAUAACAUGGGAGGCCGUGUUUCAUCUCCUGCAUCCGGCCUGCUGUUGGCCAGGCUUCGACCAGUCCUCCGCUCGUCGACGAGGCAUUGCCCCGACUACUUAAUACCCCAAACAUGCGAUAUAGUCAGCACUUCUGAUAGAAGAGUACCGGAAGAGCCUCUCGGGACGUCCGAGGAACCUGGCAUCGGUAUCCGUCCCAUCGUUCCAAUAUGGGUGCAUGUGGCCACGAUUCUUGAGGGCGUCUCUGCAGCCCUGUCUGAACGUCGUAUGCUCUUGCCGAUAGCCCAACGCCAUCCGAACCGGCCGUUGGUGUGGACGCUUUGCGACAGGAUAUCUGUUCAAGACAGGAUAUCCGGCAUUGCCAUUCUGGGCUCUCUUGCCUGUCUUGUCUUGUCUAUCUUGUCUAUCUUCUUGUCCGUCUAUCUGCAGUGGACGGAGGAUGUGUGA